AUGUUUAAUGGAUUAACUGAUAAGUUAUUGCAACAUUUAGUUUCCAACAGAGGUAGCAAAUGUUUACUGUUCCAUUGCGUGCGAAAUUCAUCAGUUUAUGAUAUUGCCGAAGAAUCAAAACAGUCUUCGAAAAAGCGUGAAAAGCUGUGGAAUAAGUUAAAUCCGAUUGUUGGAUUGGGUGCUCCUCUACUUGCUUUUGCACUUGGCGCGUGGCAGUUACAACGAUUACGAUGGAAAACAGAUCUUUUGAAAAAGAUUGAAAACAAUUCAAAGCAAGAAGUGAUGCCAUUUCCAGAUGAAAACUUAUCAUUAUUGGAUGAUCUUGAAUAUGCAAAAGUGCAAUUAACUGGAGAAUUCCUUCAUGAUCGAGAAUUUUAUGUGCUACCAAGAGUCCGCUUUGAUGAGCAUAAGGACGAGUCAAAAAAACGACCUAGUGUGUCCUCAUUGGGUAAUUCUGGAGCACAAGUCAUUACUCCAUUCAAGCUUUAUCCGUCAGGCCUUAUCAUUCUUGUAAAUCGUGGAUGGGUUCCUCCACAAAGAAUUAAUCCUAUCAAUCGAGCUGAAGGACAAGUUCAAGGUCAAGUCACAUUUAAUGCAGUAGUUCGUCAUUCAGAAAAGAAGCCCAUUUUCGUUAAAAAAAAUGAUCCAGAUAGAAAUUUGUGGCUAUACACAGAUAUUUCACAAAUGGCAGAAAAAUAUGGUACGGAGGCAGUACUUGUAGACGCAUGUUACGGUGAAUUUUUUUUCCUUAGAUAUGGCAGGAAAUCUGGACAUUCUACGGUAGAAGGAGGUCCGAUUGGUGGUCAGACACGGGUGAUUCAUAGAAACGAUCAUAUGCUGUAUGCUUGUUUCUGGUUCUCCAUUGGAGCAGCAGUUUUGUAUGCGUGGUUUUUAUGA